GACCGAACUUGCGCUAUCCAACCCCCGGCUCACGCCAUCCUUGCCCACACUCCAUCCUCCGUCGAUCUCCUCAAGUACGGGGCCAAAAUCUCCGGACGUGUUGCUAGUGUUCGAACCACGUCCCCCUCGCCUUCCCUUCUUUCAUUCUCCAACUCCUCGGAGCUCUGAGACCUCAGAAUUUGACUCAGGAAGCAACGAUGGACACCGAAAAGCAAUCUCGCACCAGCUACUCGGGUGACUCUGACGAACUCGUCGAUGAGGUCACCAAGGAGGAGCUGGCGUUCGAGAGCAACAAUGCUAUCAAGUACCGGACAUGCUCUUGGGAGAAGACGGCAGCCCUCCUCUUCUCCGAGUAUAUCUGCCUUGCUAUCCUUUCCUUUCCCUGGUCAUUCUCAGUCCUGGGCAUGGUACCCGGCGUACUUGUCACAGUCGCCGUAGCCGCAUCCGUCCAAUACACCUCCCUGGUGCUCUGGCGGUUCUGCCUCGCAAACCCCCAUGUCCGGGACGUGUGCGAUAUCGGACGGCUCCUCUUCUCCCGUGCAUUCGGCGAGCAGUAUGGACAGAUUGCGUACAAUAUCACGGCCGUGUUCUUCGUCCUGAACAACACCUUCAUUCAAGCGUUGCACUGUUUGGUGGGUGCAAAGCUGCUCAACACGCUCUCUGACUCGGCCGCGUGCACCGUCGUUUUCUCUUUCAUCUCCGCGGCGAUCUGCUUCUUCGUCUCGCUCCCGCGGCCGCUCAGCCAGCUCAGCGGCCUCGGCACCUUCAGUGCCGCCACCAUGGGCAUCGCCGUCCUCCUCGCGAUAAUAUUUGCCGGGAUCCAGGACCACCCCGCGGGUUUCAUCGAGGACGCGGCGCCGAUCGUAACUAAGUUCCCCGUCGCGGGCACCGGCUUCGUCGGGGGCAUGUCGGCGUUCUUGAACAUCACAUACACCUUCGUCGGCCAGAUCACCCUCCCCUCGUUCAUUGCUGAGAUGAAGAACCCCAAGGACUUCCCCAAAGCUCUGUGGGCGGUUACAAUCGCCGAGAUUGUUGUGUUCACGCUUUGCGGCGCAAUCAUGUACCACUAUGUCGGCAAUCAAUACAUGACCGCUCCUGCAUUCGGCUCUCUGCAGCCGACUUACAAAAAGAUUGCCUUCUCCUUCGCGAUACCGACUAUCGUUUUCCUCGGUUCGCUGUACUCCUCCGUGACGUCCCGCUUCAUCUUUUUCCGUAUCUUCUCCAAGACCUCGCGCCAUCGCAAUGAAAACACCGUCGUUGGUUGGGCUGUCUGGGGAGGUAUCGUCGCCGCCACAUGGGUCCUCGCGUUCAUCAUAGCCGAGGUCAUUCCGUUCUUCUCUGACAUGCUCAGCUUGAUGAGCUCACUAUUCGACGGAUGGUUCGGGUUCAUCUUCUGGGGAAUGGCCUACCUCACCCUCUACCCCGGCGCGAAGAAGUGGGCAGGGCCGUGGCGGUCCGCCGAGACGAUCCUGAACUACUUUUGGAUCGUGUUCGGUCUGUACGUCCUCAUAGCCGGGACAUACACCUCGAUUAAGUCUAUUAUCAUUGACUAUACGGGACAAAAACCCUUCACAUGCGCAAGCAAUGCUAUAUGAUGUAAUCGUAGAUAUAACCGAUCGUGUAUAAUCUCCCUGGGAAGCUGCCUGUAAUAGUGGCCUAUAAUGGCAUGAGAGCUACAAUAUGCUCUUGCAACCACAUCU